GUUUGAAGUUUGAUGGCAAAUUGGCCUUGUUAGGCUGUACACUGCAGCGCCCACUUCAAAUUGCUAAGCAUGCCGAACAAGCCAAAGAAGGUUAUAAAGGCCAAAAAGAUCAAGGAAAUUAUUCCUCAGGAGCCAGAGAUCCCGACUGUUAGAAAGGGGAAACCUUCAAAAGUUGCUCCUCUCCCUGACAUUGCCAAGAAAACUGCAGCUAAGAAAACGGUUGUUAAAAACCCUUUGAUUCAGCGGCGGCCAAAGAACUUCGGGAUAGGACAAGACAUCCAACCCAAGAGAAACCUUUAUCGUUUUGUUAAGUGGCCCAAGUAUGUCGAGCUUCAAAGAAAAAAGGCCGUUCUCAAAAAGCGGUUGAAGGUACCACCUCCAAUUCAUCAAUUUACACAAACAUUGGAUAGAAAUUCAGCAAACCAAAUCUUCAACCUGGCCGCUAAGUACGAACCUCUGAGCAAGCGAGCCAAGAAAAUGCUUUUGGUUCACCGGGCUCAACUUCGUGCUGAGGGUAAGCCCGACGAGCCCACUUCUCGUAAGCCAACAGUGAGAGCUGGUAUUCGCGAGGUGACGUCAGCUAUUACCCAAAAGAAGGCCCGCCUAGUUGUUAUUGCUCACGAUGUUGAACCCAUUGAAGUCAUUCUCUUCCUGCCUGCACUCUGUCGGAAAAUGGGUGUUCCAUAUUGCAUUGUUAAAAGUAAAGCGAGACUUGGACUUCUGGUUCACAGGAAGACUUGCACCUGUUUAGCUUUCACAAACAUCAGAGAAGAGGACAAAUCACGGUUGUCCAAAAUUGUGGAGAUGGUGAAGAAUAAUUACAACGACAGGUUUGAGGAAAUACGGAAACAUUGGGGUGGUGGCGUUAUGGGGUCUAAAUCAAUCGCUAAACAAGCAAAGAUUGAAAAGGCUAAGAAGAAGGAGUUACAAAUCAAACUUGGUUAAAUUGAUUGCUUUAAUAUAUGCUGGCGGAACCAA